AUGCAACGCUCGCCGCCCACCCCCCAGGCCUUGGCUGACACGGUCGUUGGGCCGUCGCCCACUGAUUUCCCCAGCCUGCGGGAGCUUGCGGGAGGCCCAGCACCUUCCCCACCAGCCACGCCCGGCAGUGGCGCCGUCGACGAGUCCUUCCGAAUUGUGGAUACCGACUCCGGGCUCGCUGCCUUGCUGGCCUUGUUUCCCGAGGCGGACGUAGGGAUUCUUAAUUUCUUGCUUGUCGAUGCGUCUGGUGACGUGUCGGUGGCAGAGGCAGCCUAUCGGCGCUCGCUGGCUGCUGAGCGCGGUGGACCCCAGCCUGCUAGCGCGCCCUUGCCCCUGGUCCCUGCCACCGUGCCCAUGCCCAUCCCGCUGUCGGACCUCAACCCACCGCGCCUUGAGGAUGAGCCUGACAGGCCUUCCUGGGAGGGCUGGAGCUCCCAGCCCCAGCCGGCAGAUGAGGGCGGCAUGGCCAUCUGGGGUGCUGAGAAUGUGCCCCCACCCCACCACCUGUGCCACAACAACGCUUUCUCUAUACUCUCCGACGAGGCGGGUAUGAAUCUGGACGGGCCUCCCUCGCUGGCCGAAGGCUGGGAGUGGCCUGCCGCCCAGGCGGCUGCCUACCCGCUGGCGCCGGCAUCCCUGCCCCAGGUCCCGCCGCCGGGCCGGGUGUCCUCGCCGCCGCUCCGCCCGCUCCGCGACGAGGCCGCCAGGCGGGAGGAGGCUGCGCUCCGCGCCGCCGCCAGCCAGGCGUUUGUGGCUCACAGGCAGGCCAUCUCCGACCUCCAGGCCCAGUCGGGCGCCUAUCGCCAGCUGGCGAUCGAUACGCGCCGCAUGGGGCGCCUGGCCGAGGCCGCCCAGCACGAGCGGCUGGCCAGGGAGGCCCAGGAGGCGGCCAGGCGCAGGCGGGAGGCUGCCUGCCGCGACGCCUUCCGCCGCAACAACCAGGGCUCCACUCUGAAGAUGGAGGGCAUCGAUUUGCACGACCAGACAGGCGCGAGCUGGGCGGAGUGCUGCCGACCGCAUGUGGCUGCCAGCUGGGCGGCCUGCUUGGCUGAUGCCGUGCGCGAGGCAGACAAGGUGCUUGCCAAGGCUGCAAUAAUGCUGGAUAUUUACGAGCGCGUCGAGGUGCAGCUGAUCACGGGCCGCGGCGCGCACAGCGUGGACGGCGUGGCCAGGGUGCGGGAGGCCGUAGAGGAGCACCUCUGCCAGCGUGGCAUCCCUUACGCCGUGCACAACGCUGGCGGCAUGCUGGUGGCGUCUCUGACCGCUUGA